AGAAAAAAGAACCAACCUAUAUUGUACUGUUUUCCCCCUUGAUCGCGAUAAGAGGUUCUUUGGCGAGAGUCGACCAACCAAUUAGGGAUCUUGCUUGCCAAUGCCACCGGUAGGUCUUCCUCAAUGGUUUCUUUGAUUUAUUUCAGCGUGCUAAUUGAUUAGAGAGCGAGGGAGAAUCGAAUGGAUGAAUGUCGGCUGUUUAGGGUUUCUUUCAGAGAUCGUAGGUGUUUGAUUCCCUGAUGAUUUGAAAGUUUGUUGGCCGCUUGAUUGGACUUGCAAACUGUUUCUGUCACUGUUGGUUGUUUAGGGUUUCUCAGUAAUCGUAGGUGUUUAAUUCCCUGCGUUUGAAAUUGCAAUCAUCGUCGAUUGCUUGGACUUGUAAACUGUUUCUGUCUCUAAUAACUGCUUCCGAUCUCUGAUGCAUACCACCUGCUUGAUGAUUUGUGAUCUAUCUGCCGCGGCGAGAGCAGAUGCUGGUCUGGUUUUGCCUAAUCCGUAUUGGGUUCUUGUUGGCGUCUUCAUUUUGAUUGAUUUCUAGGUUCAACCUGGCAGCUAGAUACAUGCUUACCUGACUGCGCUGUUGUUGCCUUCUCACUGCUCUUUAGAAAGACAACCAGUCUUACUAUCAACUGCUUGUUAAAAACAGAUGGAUGUUUAAUUGAUUUCAGCAGGUACCUGCUGCUACCACCAUGGAGGUUGGAUCUCAAGAAGAAAAGCCUCGGAGGUGGGGCCCCGAAGGCCCCAUGUGGGAACACGUAAUGCAGAUCCACAAUGUGAUGGAUGUCAGAUAUAAAAGUUGGACGGCGGAAGACCUCCAGGAAGCAUCGGGCCUCCCAGCUAUGGAGGUCGGGAGGUGCAUUAAGAGGCUUCUGGAAAUCGAGGAAAUCGUAGAGGUGAACAGCCCUGACUACGAGCCACGGGGGGAUACACAGUACAUGAAUGCUUAUUUUGCUGAAGAGGAAUUCAAUCCGUUCUUCGAGUUUUGGAGGAAGCAUUGUUUGGGGAUCAUAGACAGCCAGGAGGUGGUUUCUCUGGAGAGAAUUACACACCUGCUGCGGGUUAGCGCGCGUACUGGGCUCUCGCUCCAAAUGCCCGAACAGAGCGUCAAAGAGCUGUUGAUUGAUCCUCUGGUUCUCAGGAAUGGAGUGAUUGAAGUGGUGAGCAAUGGGAUGGGGGAGUUUGCUUCCAUACCUGCGGGCCAACUUUGUUAUAAGCGCCCCGCUUAAUUGCUAGGCACUGCCGCUAGCUAGCUGGCAUGGUAUAGCUUUAUCCUCACCAGCAUGAUGCGGACUUCUUGUGUUUACUGCCCUGCGACAAGUGAAGUAGCUACCUUCUACUUUUGAACUCGAUCGACCUAGUAUAUUUAUAUGAUUGUGGAGUAAUGUCGUUAGCUAUCUAAUAUUAUGUUUAAGAAUAUUGGCUGAGAUCAGUACCUUUCUCUUUCUUUCUUUCUUGUGGGAAAAUUGUUGGCGACUCUCGUCUGUUUGCUUAAUCUCUUGCUUCUACGUUGUGUCUAGAUAGCGAGGUUGAAUGAACUACCAAGUUUUGUGCAUUUGGCAAUAAUUACAAUUAGUACUCAACCUGGUAUCGGCAGCUAAUUACAAUUAAUACAGCAAAUACGUUUAUUUUACGGUUUUCGUAUGACGGUUGACGGCUAGGCUAGGUUAAAAAGUAUGGAAGGAGUUCUUACUCUUCUUAGAACAUUAUAACAUUCAACUAGGAAUGACCAUUAGGUUUUAGGUAACAAAUUAUUUAUUUGUUGGAGAACCACAUAACAGUCAUAUGACACUUGUUUCCAGGCCCUUUCUGAAUCUCCCACAACCCAAUAACAACUGACUUCCCAAGUCUAGUCCACACCCUUAAAAAUACUCGAUCUAGCUCUCUUCCGUCGGCGUUUUUCUCUCUAUUAUACAAGUAAUUCACGUAAAUAUCUAUACGUUCUUUAGUUUACUAAUAUUGUUGAUUUCUCAAUUUGUUCAUGGGCUUUGACUUUUUAUUAUUAUUAUGAGAUAUGACAAUAAAAACAAAAUAAAAUGAAAGCAACUCUAAACUAAACAGAAAAAGGGCUUUUCUUGCCACACUAUAGGCAACUCGAUUGGCAGUUAUAGGAACCGCACAAACCUCUAAGCAUAUGUCUAGGGUAGCGAUAAUCUGACGACACUCUCUGAGCAGCGGGCCUCCAACAGCUUCUGACUCUAUCCCCAAUGAGAAGCUUGCGAAUGAUGACUUUCAGAGGAGCUGAUUCAGAGGUGGAAACGACUCCGCCAGAGGUGGGGAGUUAAGGGUACGGAAUGCCGACGGCGGGGAUGUCGAGUAGUAGGACGAUUGAGUUCGGCGGGAAGAGUGACGAUUUCUCGGUUUUGAUGGGUUCCUGGAUGGUUAACCGCCAAACUUUUGUUGGUUAGGGUUUUGUGGUUUGCUAUUUUAAUGUUCAGCGUUGCAAUUUUUACUUUGACAGUUUGAGAGUGUUGUAUUAGAAGCAAUGUAUACUCUUCUCUUUGUAUCUCUUUCGAAUUGAAUUAUAGACCAUCUAUCUAUAAAAUAUAUUAAAGCAGUUUAAGAAAAUAGCCCUCUCCACGUCAGCCUCGGAGGCCUCCUCGCGAUUUUCGGAAAUAUGUAUUGUUGGGCAUGCGACUCGGACCUAACCGCAUCAUGAAAGCACUGAGGCAUCUAAAGCGCGCUAUGACUAAGCCCAUUAGGGUCGGCGCGACUGAAGCGGCGCCAGCGCGAGGACGCGAAGACCUCGAGCGUGGCGAAACCCGUGUACGCGUAGGAAGAGCCCAAAAGCCGAACGGCGGCGUUCCAGUCAAGCGUCAACCUGUAACAUCCCGUUCUGGCAAAACCCAUAUUUCGAUCGCUAGAAAGUUCACGAUUUAAAAUCGAGCAUUUCGACACUAUUUCGACGAAAAUCGGAUUAUCGAUCGAUCGGAUAAGUAUACGUAUUAAUUAUAUAUAUUAUAUAAUAUUAUAUAUAUUUAUAUAUAAAUGCAGUCGGCAUAU